CUCCGGAGCACCGAGGGAGAGCACUUCUCGCGACGACUUUGAGAGCCCUUUCAGCCCUUGGAAACACAUUCGAGAACUUGAUCACGUCAGUCUCUAGUUCUUCAGGAUGCGGCGUACACGCCACGUAGUAUUGCCCGUACGAUCCUGGCAGUACAUCGGGCUCCUGAUAGUGUCCCUGAUGUGCCUGACGCUGGGACUGGUAUCCAGGGAUAGGGAAGGACACUCCGGCAGCCUCGCAGGACCCGAACUCACGCAUCGAGCUCCCCAUGAGGUAGACGCCUGUCCAAACUUGAAUCCUUUCACCAACAUGCCUUCGUGUCUGAUUACCGAAAAACCUGCAAAAUCAAUUGACAAUCUACAGACAGAAGUAUCGGGAUCCAGAAUAUCAUCUCGAAGAUCGAUACUCUCUCGAUCGCUCAGUCUCGAUCGCCUGUCCAGAACAGGUUCACAGGAGAUCAGAGAACGAUCGUCUGAAAACCGCGAUCGAAGGACAACCGACAGACUGUCGAGAACACGUCUUUCCGACGAAUCCAUCAAUCGACUUCGAGACGACUCCCGAUUUAGGACAAUCACGCAAGCCCGCAAUACCAGAAACUCGUUCGAUCCCGCUACUCGCCUUUCUCGAACGCGGGAUCUGAUCAGCCGAGCAACCGAUCGUCGUUCUGUCGAACAGAGAUCGCUAAGCGUCGAACGUCGUCUGGCCGAUCGUGCAAACUCGCGAUUUGAAGAUCGUCGAUCCACGGAACGGCGCGAACUCAAUGAAAACGCGCGUCGGCAAAAUAGCAUCGACCGGCGAAACUCUCUGAAUCUUCAGCGCCGCAUGAACGAUCAUCGCGAUCGUAGGUCGCUCUCGACGGAGCGACGAAUGCUGAGCGAAGGCAAUCGGCAAGAAUCGCGCGAAUUUCUAGCGGACCGUCGCGAGCACCGAGAUUUGGCGCGAAGUCGUGCGGAUCGUCGAAUCGAGACGCGCGAGCGUAGAUCUGUCGAGCGACGUGCGAUUGAAAAUCGGGAUGCGGAACGAUCGAGUCGCGAGGACCGCAAACAUCUUUUGGAACGUUCGGCGAGGCUUGCCCGAGGGGACGUCGAUCGUAACAAUAAUUUGGAUCGCCGAAAUCGAGAGCGAAGUCAGGAGAACCGUCGCGCUCUUCUCGAUCGCGUCGCGAAUCAAGAACGGAAGUCUCGAUCUUCGGUUGUUACCAGGGAUUCUCGUGAAAAUCUGAUUAAGUCCACCGAUCGCCGAUCAACGGAACGUCUAAACGCUCUCGGCCGCGAAACAUCGGUCAAACGAGUUAGGUCGCUUGAAUCCGGCAUCGAAAGAUCCGACGAGCGCCGAUUGUCCUCCGAACAAAGAUUCUUGACUCGAUCUGCUGAACGUCGCGAAAUUAAUCAGGCUGAGCGCCGAAAAGCUGAGAGUCGUCUUGUUGAUCGAAGGUCCCUCGAUCGAGUGGCAUCGCGAGUUUCACCCGAGGACUCACGUCGAGAAAGAAUCAACCGUUCGCAAAGAAUCGUGAGCCGACGCGAUUCACGUGGAAACACAGAAUUCAGCGACGAUUCUAGAGCCACUUUAGCAGAAUCGCGUCACGGUUUCGAAAAUAUCGCGAAUCGAGAGCAAAGAGAUAGACUCGCCCGAUACUCUCGUUCGGCGAAUCGCAAUUCCGUGGACCGACAGGGACUCGCAAGAGUCAGGGAUUCUAGAGAUUCAUCGACGGAACGACGAGAUUUGUCUGCGGAGCGACGAGAACGGACGAGUCGCUUACAACGAUCUCACGAAGGACGAAGAGUUCAGCAAUCUCGUGAAACGGAACGACGAAUGUUUGAGAGAACAUUGGAAAGACGAGUUUUAGAGCGUCGAAUUGCUUUGGAUUCGGCACGACUUGAUUCGCGAAGAAUCGAUGCCAGCUCGAAAUCACGCGAAGAAUCUAGGAUACAGGAUCGACGUCUAGAACGAAGCCCAGAGUUGCGAGUUUCUCGCGAAAGGAUUCUGGAAAAACGAUCUGCUCGAGAUUCACGAUCUCGCGAAGAACGAAGGGUUCUUCAAUCUCGCGAGCCUGAACGACGAGUGUCUGAAAGAACAUUGGAAAGACGAGUUUUAGAGCGUCGAAUUGCUUUGGAUUCGGCACGACUUGAUUCGCGAAGGAUCAACGUUAACUCGAGGUCGCGUGAAGAAUCUAGGAUGCAGGAUCGACGUCUGGAACGAAGCCCAGAGUUGCGAGUUUCUCGCGAAAGGAUUCUGGAAAAACGAUCUGCUCGAGAUUCACGAUCUCGCGAAGAACGAAGGGUUCUUCAAUCUCGCGAGCCUGAACGACGAAUGUCUGGAAGAACGCUAGAAAGGCGAGUUGUAGAGCGUCGAAUUGCUUUGGAUCCGACGCGACUUGAUUCGCGAAGAAUUGACAUCAGCUUGAAAUCACGCGAAGAAUCCAGAACGCAGGAUCGGCGUCUGGAGCGAGACACGGAAUUGCGACAAUCGCUGCGAAUGAUGCAGCACAGGACGGACUCCAAAGCAGCAGCUUUUGAAAAUCGAGUCCUUCGUUCUUCCGAAAGGCGGUCGGAUGCGCGACGCAAUCUUCAGAUUAGAAGCCUAGAGCGUCGAGUGGCUCGAUUAGUCGAGAACCGACUUGCCGAAAUCCCUGAGAAAGAAUCUGUCAGACAUUUGCGACAAAGAUCGGCAAAUCAGAAUCAGGAUCCAUCGAGACUCGCUUCUCUUCGUCGAAUAGUCAGAGCUUCUGAUGCUCCUGAAGAAAACCGCGAACAACGAAGACGAUCUACUGAAAGAAUGCUUUUCAGAAUCGCAGACAAUGAUCGAUUGUCCGCCAAACGAGAACGAAAUUUGCAGGACGCACGCGUCCAUAGGAAUGUAGAAAUCAAGGCAAAGAUCGUUCCCGAGUUGAUGAUGAACUAUGAACUUCUCAAGUAUCCUGGAUCAUACGACUUUAUGAAACAAGCUUUCAUCCUGGCACUUUGUACCGUUUACGGGCUGUCUCUUUAUAAAGGAAAAAAAUCUUUUAUGAGCAGCAACAUAAUGCAGCAAAUGCAGCGUUUUAUAGUCUGGUAAAAUGAAGAGACAAUUUGGCUAUCGAAAACCGGCAUUGAAGUCCGCUACUCUCUAUUAACCCGCUUUUGUCGAUCUUAUCAUUUUAUGAAUUAAAAACUUGCGUUGCAAUGUAUGUAAUGUACCCAAAAAUACUCAGAAUGUAUAUUAAUGUACAGCUCAUAUAUCCUGUAGAUGUGUUCGUGUACCUAAGAGAAUAUAUUUUAUGUGUAAUAAAUAGUUGAAGAGUCGUAGUUAAA